GCUCGGCGCGCUCAGGUCCGGAGGUGGUAUAAGGUUCGCAAUCUCUCUCGUCGCUGCCAGUUGCAGGAGGAGAUUGCUUUUAAGUGAAACGGCGGUGCCACCCCCUCUGCGCCUUCCUCGCAGCUCGCCCUCCCUCUCGCAUUGAUCGCGCGUCCUGUCCUUAAGUUUGCGAGCUUCUUUUCGCCACUGCAGGGGCCGCGGCGAGCGAAAGAGCGCCCAGGAGCUGCCGGUAGGAGUAGUACCCAAGGAGAAUUUGCAGUUCUGCAAAAGAGAGAGAGAGAGAGGAGGAGGUGGUGGUGGUGGGGUGUGUUGCAUGUAUAUUUCAUCCGAUGGACUUUUCCCCGCGUCUCGCCGUCGACGCUGAUGUGCAGUGACAUUUCUGACUGGAGGAGCGCCGCGACGCGCCCCGGAAGCGGCGGCGGCGGCGGCGGCGGGGCCCUGGGAGAGGCGAGGAGGCUCUCUUCGGCGCCAAGGCUAAUUGCGGUGAUUUAUGUCCCUUCCGAGCACCUUCAACGUCGGCAGCCGAAAAUAAAAUGAAAGCUGGGGGGGUCCCGCAGCGACAGCCGCCGCCGCCGCCACCACCACGACGGGAGCAGCCGCGCCACCUGGAGCCGCCGCGACCGGCGGGCGAGCAGCGCGCGCCCCGCGCCUGCCCGCCAAAAGUUUGACGCCAAGAAGUGCGGCGGCCUGAGGGGAAAGCCGGCCGGAGAAGGGCGGGAAAGUCCCAGCGGAGCGCCCUUCCCGCCACCUCUGUCCGAACCAGGUCCCUCCCUCUGCCUCAGGAUUUCCCGCCCCGUUGUUAGCCAAGCUGGGCUGCUGCUGCUGCUGCUGCUGCUCCAAAGUGGCCGCGCCAGAGGAGUGGCUAAUCCCCGCCGGGCGCUGCGCACGGGGAGCUCCCAGCCUCAGCCCGAGGCUCGCUUUGCUUUCCCUUGCCUCGCUCGCGCAAGUCUCUUUUUGGGGGGGCGUGAGGUGUAACUUUGUUAGCUAGUCGUCGCCUGCGGAGGGAGAGCGGCGGCGGCGGCAACGGCACGCGGGAGGAGCGGCCAGUCAGUGCAGCCCUCGGUUUUCCCCCUUCAGCGUCCUUACACUGCCGGAGAGGCACCACAGCCUCGGAUGCUCCUGCGCCCGCCAAGGGGGGUCCCGAGGGAAGGAGGUGCCCGGUUACUCGGCCUCUUCUCCUCCUGCCCGACGCGCGCAGCGAUCGCCCCGCACGGGUGCUGGUGCCAGAAGAAAAGAAUGAUUGAUGGCAGUUAGACACAGGGCUGUUGAUGCUCAUCGUUUUGCUCCAACAACUGAUUUAUCGGUUUGGCUGGCCAUUCCUCAUGAGCCGGGAAAGGGGAGGAUCGCUCAGGAUUACUGACUACACAGCUGAGGACUGGCAGCGUUGCUAAGCUAUCACCUGAUUUUGGACAUCCUUUACAUAUGUGAUUAAAGGCCUCGAUACGUUGUUGUUGUUUUUUAAGGCAAUGGACAUCCUUCAGAUGAAAAACAUCUCUUUGUAAUGCCAGGCUACCACCAAAGUUUCCAACUUUAAAAAGCAACCACUGUAACCUAAACUCUUCUGCUCUGGUCCCGGAACAUGUUUUUACAGUAACUCGCAACUCCUGGUGUACAUACAUGUAUAAUAUAGACUACACCUUUGAUUGCUACUGGUUAUAGCUGUCAAGGCACCCGUGAAGGAUUUAGAGAUGUAUUUGUCAAGAUUCUUGUCACUUCAUGCCCUUUGGGUUACUGUGUCAUCGGUGAUACAGCACUACACUUCGGCUUGGGGUCAUUACGAUGUGUGUAAGACCCAGAUCUACACAGAUGAAGGGAAGUUUUGGGAUUACACGGCCUGUCAGCCAGAAGCCAUAGAUAUGAUGAAAUAUGUGAAAGUGAGCCUGGAUCCACCAGACAUAACAUGUGGAAAUCCACCAGAGACCUUCUGCGGAAUGGGAAAUCCCUACAUGUGCAAUGAGUGUGAUGCAGCCAUUGAUGAACUGGCGCAUCCACCUGAACUGAUGUUUGAUGCUGAAGGAAGGUAUCCCUCCACCUAUUGGCAGUCUACCACUUGGAAGGGUUACCCCCACCCUCUCCUUGUGAACAUCACCCUAUACUGGAACAAAACCAUCGAGCUAACGGACAACAUAGUCAUCACCUUUGAAUCUGGCCGCCCAGACCUAAUGAUCCUGGAGAAGUCCCUCGACUAUGGUCGGACGUGGCAGCCGUAUCAGUAUUACGCUACAGAUUGUUUAAAUGCUUUCAACAUGGAACCAAAAACAGUGAGGGAUUUGUCCCAACAAACAGUCCUAGAAAUCAUUUGCACAGAAGAAUAUUCUAUGGGGUACAUGGCAAACAGUAAAAUCCUCCACUUUGAGAUAAAGGACAGAUUUGCGUUUUUUGCUGGGCCUCGGCUCCAUAAUAUGGCUUCUCUCUAUGGGCAGCUCGACACAACCAAGAACCUAAGAGAUUUCUUUACGGUCACAGACUUACGGAUAAGACUGCUCAGACCAGCAACAGGGGAGAUAUACGUGGAUCCACAGCACUUGACACGCUACUUUUAUGCAAUCUCAGACAUAAAAGUAAUUGGAAGGUGCAAGUGUAAUCUCCAUGCCACCGGCUGCAGAGAAGAAAACAAAAAAUUGUUAUGUGAAUGUGAGCACAACACAACAGGCCCAGACUGUGGGAAAUGCAAGAAGAACUAUCAGGGGCGGCCUUGGAGUGCAGGCUCAUAUCUUCCCAUUCCUAAGGGCACGGCAAAUAUCUGUAUGCCCAGUAUUUCCAGCAUUGGUACUCCUCCAAAGUUUGAUAGGAUAUGGCCGAAUAUAUCUUCCCUUGGGGUUUCUAACCCAAAUCAAGUUGCUCCAAAAUUAGCUUUGUCUACUGUUUCUUCUGUUCAAGUUGCAAACCACAAAAGAGACUGUGAAUGCUUCGGCCACUCCAACCGGUGCAGUUACAUCGAUCUGCUCAGUGCAUUCAUUUGUGUGAGCUGUAAACACAACACUAGAGGGCAGCACUGUGAGUUGUGCAGGCUGGGCUACUACAGAAAUGCUGCGGCAAAACUGGACGAUGAAAAUGUAUGCAUAGAAUGUAACUGUAGCCGUUUUGGCUCAGUCCAUGAUCGCUGUAAUGAAAGAGGAAUUUGUGAGUGUAAGCAGGGAGCAACAGGGCCUAAGUGUGAUAAGUGUCUGCGGGGAUAUAACUGGCACAACCAGGGUUGUCAAUCAAACGUAUGCGACAAUGAACUUCAGAUUUGCCAGAACGGGGGAACGUGCCACAACAACGUCCGCUGCCAGUGCCCCGCAGCCUACACUGGUGUGUUAUGUGAGAAGCGGAGUUGCGAAAUGGACCCAGACGGUUGCAGUCAAAGCUCUGCACAAGGGGCAAUAUCAUUACCACAUGUUAUACUCCUAUUACCACUGAUUGCUCCAUUAGGAUUAAGUGGGUUUCUCAUAUUCUAGGCAACCCAGCUUUGGAGGAUCGACUUCAGACUGCUUAAGACAAAAACAAACAAAAAAAAGAACAUGCCACAGGAAAUCUGGGGAAAAGAAAUUGCAGCAGCAACAGCAGCAAGCAGAUGCUAAUAAGUCUUUCAAAAACAUAAAAGUGGGGGGGAAACUAAAAUCUCCACACAUAUAUAGACUCUAUAAAGGCCCAAACGAACUAAGCCAUAUCUAUCCAUUGUGGACAACCCAGCGAGUCAAGACUGUUAUUUUCUGACUCAAGCUUAAGUCGGCAGCUGCCAAUACUAUUACGACUAAGUCACAGCUGCAAAAGCUUACACAGGAUCGAAAAGGCUUUCGUAACCACCCCCAGAUGGGAAUACAAAAAAAAGAGAGAGAAGAAACUACAAAACCUUGCUCCUCCAAUCUGGUGCGCAACUGUACCUCUUCCCAGUGUGUGGACCAACCAAAUAGAGGCAAUUCUUUGCUGUCAGUGCAUUGUGGGUAUAAGGAAAUCUGUUUCAAAGCUGCCAUAUUGGCCUGCUUCAGCCCCUGAAAUUCCCUUUCCAACUGUGCUUUAGUGAACGUUGCUCUGUAACCCUUGUUGGUUGAACGAUUUCUUUGUCUGAUGUUAGUAAUGCACAUGUGUACCAGCUCCCUCCUCAAUAAAUCUAAAGCCAGUCAUACCCUUGUAUAUUUUAGAAGCACUGCAUCAAGUUCAUGCAGUGCUGACCUACUGUACAAGAGUGGCUAUAGGACAAAAAAGAGUGUAUUUAUCCUUUUGUAUUCAAAUGAAGUUAUUUUUCUUGACUAACGUAAAACGUAGAUUUUUUGUAUUAUUGCCAAUUUGUGUUAACAGACAAUUUAUUAAUGUACUUUAAUCCUAAUCAGAUUAAGGGGGGGAAGUUAUUUUUUAUUUUCAUCCUCUUUCUUUCUUUUUUCUUUCGCUUUUCAUUUAAUUGUGCAGAGAUUUCUCUGUAUGGGCAACGUGCUGGCAUCAAAGAAUAUCAGUUUACAUAUUAUAGCAAGUGUAAUAAGAUUCCACCAAAGGACAUUCUAAAUGUUUUCUGUUGCUUUAACACUGGAAGAUUUAAGAGAAUAAAGAUUCCUGCGUAAACAA